CUACAAAAGUCUCAGUCCAAAUUAUUAAAUCAACCUUCAUAUCAUAUUAUAAUCACACAAACUCAACUUUCCGUGUUUUGACUCUGAAAAUCUCUCUCUCUCUCUCUCUUCUUCACACGCAUAUAUAAUAAGCAUAUCCCAACCUCCAGCUCAGAAAUCAUCGAUCAAACCACUACUCUUUCUUCUCCAACUCAGCUAAUUAAUCAUCAAUGGCGGAAAUCGAAGUCCCCUCGUAUUUUCUGUGCCCCAUUUCGCUGGAGAUCAUGAAGGACCCCGUCACCAUCUCCACCGGCAUAACCUUCGACAGAGACAGCAUCGAGAAAUGGAUAUUCUCCUACAAGAACCGCACCUGCCCCCUCACAAAGCAGCCCCUCUCCGACGCCGACCUCACCCCCAACGUCACCCUCCGCCGCCUCAUCCAGUCCUGGUGCACCCUCCACGCCUCCCACGGCGUUGAGCGCCUCCCCACCCCCAAGCCCCCCGUCACCAAACCCCAGCUCCUCUCUCUCCUCGCCGGCGCCGGCGCCACCCCCCAAACGCAGAUCAAGUGCCUCCACCGCCUCCGAUCCAUCGCCUCCACCAACCAAACCAACCGAAUUUGCAUGGAGAAAUCCGGCGCCGCCGAUUUCCUCGCCGCGCUAGUCGUCGGAGCGUCGGGAGAGACCUCGGGGGAGGCUUUGAGCAUUCUCCACAGCCUCCAGCUAUCGGAAUCCAGCCUCAAAACCCUAGCUUCUAGACCCGAAUUCGUCAAUUGCUUAACCAGAUUUAUGCAAUCUUCCAGCUACGAAUCGCGAGCUUACGCAGUCAUGAUGCUGAAAUCGAUGGCGGAAGUCGCCGAUGAUCCAGCUCACCUUUUCAGCUCAAAUCCUCAAAUAUUAAUCGAGUUAAUUCAAAUCUUAAAAGACCAGAUCUGUAAAAAAGCGACCAAGGCAGCGCUGAAGGUGCUGAUCGCGAUCUGCGCGUGGGGCAGAAAUAAAAUCAAAGCAGCGCAAGCCGGAUUGGUCGGAGUGAUGAUCAAUCUCCUUCUCGAGUCGACCGAUAAGAGGUCGUCGGAGAUGAUGCUGACGGUGCUGGAUCUGGUGUGCCAGUGCGCAGAGGGAAGGGCGGAGCUGCUGCAGCACGGCGCCGGAUUAGCCGUGGUGUCGAAGAAGAUACUUAGGGUUUCGCACGUAGGGAGUGAGAGGGCGGUGAGGGUGCUGCACUCGGUGGCGAGAUUCUCGGCGACAGCGGCGGUGUUGCAGGAGAUGGUGCAGAUCGGAGUGGUGGCGAAGCUGUGCCUGCUGCUGCAGGUUGAGUGCGGGGUGAAGACCAAGGAGAGGGCAAGGGAUAUCUUGAAGAUGCAUGCCAGAGCCUGGAGGAAUUCUUCAUGCGUGCCUCAUACUUUCGUUUCUUUGUGUCAAUCUUGAGAUGCCCAAUUUUUUUAUUUUAAGAGUUAAAAUUUUCACAUACAUUAGUUGAUUACAAGUUAGAAAAGAAACACUUCAUCAAGUAAAUUGGGCUUGCUGGUCAUAAAAUAUGGCUUCAAUGGCAGAUUUUUGUUAUGUAUGUGUGUAUAGAUUGUUAAUUAAAUUGGAAGAGAUUGUAGGGAUAUAUUUAUUUAAUUUGUCGAUUGGGCGGGUAAAAAUGCCAACUUCCUUUAAUAUUUUGGGAAGUCGAUCGUCGUUUUAAAUGAAUCGGAUGAUUGAUUAUUUCUCGCA